AUGAGCACUGAUAUGCAAGACAAUCAAGACACGUCGCCGGGCAGCGCGAGCGUCAACAACGGCAACGGGGGCAACAAUGCGCCGAACAACCAGAUACCUGGGCAUCCCAGCUUUCGACGACAACGCGCUUCUCGAGCAUGCGAGACAUGCCAUGCGCGCAAGGUUCGAUGCGACGCCGCCAGUCUCGGCGUGCCAUGUACAAACUGUGUGGCAUUCAGCAUAGAGUGCAAGAUCCCGGCACCGAAGCGAAAGAAGACGGGCAGCAAGAAGGAGACGGAUAGCGAACGAGACUCUUAUGCCGAAACUAAUGCCUCCCCCGUCGCCAGGAGCGACACUUUCCCACCACGGGAGGCACCGUAUCCGAACCAGUUCGCGCCGGACAAGAUCGGCAUCAACACCUCCUCGGGCAUGCCACAGACCGAAAUGUCUGAAGCGUAUGCGGCUCAACAGCAAGUUAACAACGGCACCUACACCCAGUACAUGAAGCCUAAGUUCGCUCGUGCACCGAUCAAGGAGGCUGGAAGGGUGGCGUAUCUAGGCGAAUCAUCAAACCUGUCGUUGCUCGUGCAAGACCGGCAUGGAACCACGGAUGUCGUUCACUACCCGCUUCCCGAAAAUGUCCGAGGUGCCAGAGCGCGCAUCAACGAGCUCGAUAACGUGGAGAUCGACAUUCUGCAUCAGAGAGGUGCCUUCCUCCUACCACCUCGAGCACUGUGCGAUGAGCUGGUCGACGCCUACUUCCAAUGGAUUGCGCCUGUCGUCCCCGUCAUCAACCGCACCAAAUUCAUGCGCCGCUAUCGCGAUCCGAAGAACCCGCCAUCACUUCUGCUGCUUCAAGCAAUACUCCUCGCCGGCUCUCGCGUCUGCAAUAACCCACAGCUGAUGGACGCAAAUGGCUCCACGACACCGGCAGCCAUGACCUUCUACAAGCGCGCCAAGGCCCUAUAUGAUGCCAACUACGAAGACGAUCGAGUGACCAUUGUGCAGAGCCUGAUUCUUAUGGGCUGGUAUUGGGAGGGUCCUGAAGGUAAGAGCGCGCAGGAACUUGGGCUCGUUACAUUUGUCCAGGCUGACGUGGCGGCAGACGUGACCAAGAAUGUUUUCUACUGGAGCAGAGUCGCCGUCAUCGUCGCGCAGGGGAGUGGGAUGCACCGAAGGUUGGUCAUGAUAGGUGGCAAUUCUACUUUUUCGCCGUCACUGACUCUAUGCAACAGCGUCGAAGGCUCUCAGCUCAGCCGCGCCGACAAACGUCUCUGGAAGCGCAUAUGGUGGACGCUAUUCACCCGCGACCGAUCUGUUGCCGUUGCUCUGGGCCGCCCUUGCUGCAUCAACAUCGAGGACUCCGAUGUCGAGAUGAUCUCAGCCGAAGACUUUCUGGAUGAUGAGCCAGACCGGCCUGCAGAGUACCAGCCUGACCCCAUCCACGUGCAUUUCUUCCUCAACUACGUCAAGCUCUGCGAGAUCAUGGGCCUGGUGCUUGCCCAGCAGUACUCCGUGGCGAGUAAGCGAAAGCCGAAUGCAAUCGAUCUCACACAUUCAGAUAUGGCCCUGGCAGACUGGCUGCAGAACUGCCCACCUGAGGUCAAAUGGGAGCCGCAACGGCAUCACUUCUGGUCUGCACUGCUGCAUGCAAACUACUAG